AUGGUUCCUCCACCCGCCGGUACCAUCUUCGUCCCGCCAGGCUUCAACGUUACCCUGCCCUGCCCAGAAGGGGAGCCGGGGAGCAAUCAGACUCGGCUGCGUUGGAAGUUUGAGAAGCAGCCGGUCUCUUCCGCCCCCCCUGCGGUGUGGGACACCUCAAAGGCCGGCCUUUUCCUCCCGUUCGUCCAUCCCAACCAGUCGGGGUCCUACAGCUGCUCGGAUGAUCGCCGGCUCCUUCGCACGCACCAUUUGAUUGUGGAAGAGCCCCCCAAACCUCCAGAUUUCACCUGUUUCCGCAGGAGUUUAGUCAAGGAUAUUCUCUGUGAGUGGAGAACUUUUUCUCCGGUGUCGAAGCCCUCGAAAGCCACGCUGUGGAUGCAAAGGUUUACGGGGGAAAACCACACAGAGCAACAGUGCCGUUACUACAGCCGCUCCCAGAAGUUCUUCUGCCGCGUUCAAGGGAUGAACAACGAGGAAGAUGGGCUGCUGCUGGUGUCUGUCUGCGUGGCCAACCUCGCAGGGACGGCGCGGAGCCAGAAAUCCUUCCACACCGAUGUUUUGCUGAAGCCAGACCCCCCGGCCAACGUGCAGGUACACCCCGUGAAGAAUGAACCCCACAAACUCUACGUCACCUGGAGGAACCCCAAUUCCUGGGGCUCCAAGUAUUACCACCUCCAGUUCCAGCUGCGCUACCGGAUGAAAAACUCCCAGAUCUUCUCGGAGGUCCAUCUCAACCACGGAGUCACCUCCUACACCAUUGUGGACGCCGUACGGAAUUCACCCCAUAUCAUCCAGGUCCGGGGAAGGGAGGAAUUUGACCACGGGAACUGGAGCGAGUGGAGUCGGGAAAACGUGGGCAUCCCGUGGUCAGAGCCUGAAGAUUUCAAGCCGGAAACAACCGAUUACACUUCAGAGGACUCAUCCGAUCCGAAUUUCUCCGUCCCCUUCACCCCCACCGUCUCCGCCUUCUCCAGCCACACUGAGAAGCCCCCUGCGGUGGAAGAGGCAACUGGCGUGCCGCUUCAUGUGUUUCUCGUCAUGGCGGUCAGCAUCACGCUGGGGCUGGCCUUGGCGGUCGGCGUCCUCACCCGGUACCGCAAGAAGUGGGGUCUCCUGCCUUUCGGCGAGAGGAAGGCCAAUCCUGUGCCACCUUCCUACGCGCUGGCCCCGAUGUCUCCGGAUCCCCCCAUGAGUGCCUCCCCACUGCUCUCCCCUCCCACCUCCCCCUUCAGUGAGAGCUCCGUGGACAGCCCCCGGACCCCCGAUCAGGGUCCCUACGAUAUCUCCAACGCCGAUUACUUCUUGUUGCCCAAGUGAGGUGAGGGGCCGGCCUGCGGCGAGAAGACUCUGGGGGUGCCACAAGACACCCCCCCCACAGCACCCCAAAACCUGCCUCUUGGGGCAGCCUUGCUUGGCCAAGGAUCCCCCCCCCACUUCAGAAAGUCCAGGCAUCCCAAAUUUCUGGACCACGGACGGGUGGCUUCGAAGACGGAGAACAUGGUGGAUGACGGCCAAGUUCGGACGAUGUCUCUCGUCCCGUCCUGCCGACAAUGGAAAGAUGCUGUGGAUGAUGGUUUGCGGGUGGCGGGAGGCUACCCACAAUGCCUUUCAAAGAACCCAACACCUUAAAAAGGCUUUUUGCUAGAUGGGGAAUCUCUAUCAACCUGAUCGUCCGAUCCGGUCAGUUUCACCCACUUACCUGGUGAGGUUUUUCUCACCUUGCCAGUUUCCACCUGCGAAUUCUUCAAAACUUCCUUUUAUUGCAUCCACCUGCAUCAAAACACCCCCUUUUCUUGCUUUUUAAAAAAAGUUUUGUUUCCUAAAAGCAUUUUUUAAGGUUCUCUCAUCCUACCUCAGCGGUGCAACUUUAUAGCUUUCCUACCCUCAAAAAAACAGGAGUUUUAAAUUUCCCUUAUUGGCCUUAAAAUACACAUUUUUGGAUUGAUUUCCCCCCUCCAGGGAUGCAGGAGCUGUUCAGUUUAUCCUCUAAUAAUCCAAAAAAAGACAUUUCUGGCCUGUUUUUUUUUUAAAAAAUACCUUUUUCAGCAAGGAAAGGAAGAAAAAGAAGGGAGGGAAAAAAGACUUUUGCAAAAUGUGAAGAUUUGGGAAGAACCGUUCCUGAGCGGCCUUCGAAUUCAACUCAGCCCCAACUGGGCUACUUCCAGAUGUGAUUAAUGCAGAGGUUGCAAACCUGUUUGGUUAGCUCGUUUUCUGUCUAACCCAAGGAGGCAUUUUAUUAUUUUUCAUUUCCCCCCCCUUUUAACUUAAACUUUGGGGGUUUGGAAGAGUACAAUUUUUAAGAGUUUCCGCUCGCCUAAAUUUUUUAUUAUUAUUAUUAUUAUUUGGGACGUUGGAUCCGGAAUCUGUCUGUGCUCGUUUUCCGGUGCGAAUCGUGACGCUUUUCCCCCCACGGAGUUGUGAAUUUGGGGUAAAAAGAUUGCAUAUCGGUGCUAGUCGUUCCUGACUCUAGGGGGACGCUGCUCAUCUCCGUU